AGUAAAACUAAAAUUCUUUCUGGAACUUUUAAUAAUAAUUUAAAUACUCCUUUUAAUGAUUUUACACCAACCUUAAGAGAAAUUAAUAAAGAAAUUGCAAUACUUAACUUAUCAAAUAUGAUAGCUAAAGAAUUAUUAAAUAAUUCUGAUGAAAAAAUAGUUUACGAAAUGCCUAAUAAUGAUAAAAUUAUUGAAAAUCUUGUUGAAUUAUAUAAACAACUAUUAAAUAUACAAACAGAUAUAAAUGAAGAAGAUAUUGAUGAUAGCAUUGAACCUUUAAUA